ACCCCCAAAAUCAAUCGCCCCGUCUCCCCACCCCACCCCACCUCGCUCCCCCCAACGUCGGCAGCCGGAGCGCGAUGGAUGAACCCAACUCGUACGAGGAGCAGCGCAGGAGGCAGGUGGAGGAGAAUGAGCGGAAGCUGGAGGAGCUGCGCCUGCACCGCCUCUCCGCCGCCGUGCGCGAGGCCGCCGUCAAGCCCAUGCCGACCAAGGAGCUGAAGCUGCGGUAUCUUCGCGCGCCGCCGCCCCCGACCCGGCGGUCCGGCCGCGUCGCCAGUCUCCCCAAGCAACCCGAUUACCGCGACAAGAAAGCCCCGAGAAGGGGAUUACCACCUGAUCGUGUGUACGCGACCGACGAAGCUAGAGACUACGCCUUCACCAAGGCCAAAGAGCUCAAUAACCAGCUGUCCUCCGCUCACCCCUCCUUCAUCAAGCCCAUGACCCGUAGUUAUGCCACGGGUCACCUGCUGACCAUCCCGCAGCAAUUCAAGAAGAGCUAUCUCCCAUGGUUUGAUGAGAUGAUCUUUCUGGUGGAUGAAGAGGAUGGGGAGUUUCCCAUGCCUUACAUGGCGCAACAUGGUGCCAUCGGCUCUGGGUGGAACUUGUUCGCCAUCGGUCACAAGCUGGCUGAUGGUGAUUGCUUGGUGUUCCAGCAAGUCCAGAGGACAAAGUUUAAGUGCCUUGCAGGAUGGAAAUAUAUGACUGAAGCGAAGAUCAAUGGGAGCCUUGCUGUCCUGAAGUUUAAUCUAUUAACAUGGAAUGAAGAAUGGUAGUGGAAACAAAGUAUUUCAUUUGGUUAGGUCUUUGUCUCUAGAAACUAGAAAAUGUACCCUUUUCAGACCUUAAGUAUAUUUACCUAUGUAUUUUCAGAUAUAUUCGCUUUUAAAUUAUUUAAUGUGCCGAUGCUUUGGCUUCUGAACA